AAAAAAAAAAAAAAGUAGUUGUAUUUUGAGAAUUAGAAAAAUUCCCAACAUUAUUUAGGAAAAGCGGUUGUUCGUUUUUAAAGUAUUUUAAGAUACUGAAAUUCCAAUCUUAUACCCGUCAUUUCAAAUUCCAAUAUUCAUAGUAAAAGCCCAAGUCUCUCUCUCCUCCAUUGUAGCAGAUUCCUCCAUUAAAGCAGCUUAGCAAGCUCUCUCCGCCAUUGAAGUAGACUAGUGAGCUCUCUCCUCCAUUAAAGCUCUUUCUCCUCCGUCGAAGUGUAGCAGCGUCGCGUGUGAGCUUUUUCUCCUCCAUUGAAUCGGCUUCUUAGACUUAUUCAAUUAUCAUGGAAGAUGCGGUAAGGAGAAACAGUUCUAUCCAACAAUUCAGAACAUCGAUUCCUCCCAGUGCUGGACGUGAAGAUAGGUUCUUGUUCAAUGUUGAUUUAAAACAAGAAAGUGAUGCAUCAAAUCAGAUUUUACGCAAAAUUUUAGAGUCGGUAGACUUCAAGAUAGUUGGUGCACUAGAAAAGCUAGAUGAAGUUGAGGCAUGGAGAGCAGAAUCACUCUCAAAGAUGGUGCUUACAGAUAGUGAACGUGCACAACCUUCGCCACUAAGGACGGAAGGGUUUGAUAAUCAUAAUCGACAAGUUUUCUACUUGAAGGUGAUGUUGGUUGACAAAAAACGUGACACUAACAUCCUUUUAAAGGUUUUCUGCACUGAAUUAGGAAGAUUAAUGGAACAGUGCAAAGAUUUCUUUUUGGUCGUCGAUUUCACUGGCGGAAAUACUCAUAUGCAAAGGGUGCAUGUUCAUGAAGCUCUUAACAUAAUUCAAAAAUAUUAUCCAAGAUUUAUUAUGGAUGAGCUCUACAUCGGUGAGUUUUAUUAUAGUAUUCCUUUGAACAUGGCCAAGGGCAAGUAUAUUGUAUCUUUAGACCAGGCUCCAUAUCAACUUUUCAGAAUUAUUCCGGCUCAUCACGUCCCCGUUGAAUAUGGAGGUAUUCCUUCCAUCGUCCCCGUUGAAGGACAAGAAAAGGGGUCUAUAGUGACCGUCCGAGCGCGAGUGAUUGGGUGGGAGGUUUCUUUCGGUGCAAGGCUUGUGCCGACAGACCCAUCCGUCCGACCUACCAUUUACCCCCUUCUUCUACGCGAGUUCAACUUUAUGCCUUCAGACGGCGAUGAUUACGAGGAGAUGAUUUUAGACAAUGUUCCCUUCAAUGGCAAGAUUUGUAUUGAAGUUGAAAACAGUAGUUUUAAAACAAAAAAAUUAGUGUAUUUGUGUUUUGCCCGUAGGCAGAGUAGUUAGUGUAUGUGUGAGAUUUGAUUUUAAUUAGUAUCUUAUGUUUUAUUUAGGUACCCACUUGGUUUUAUCCUACGUUGGUUUUACAAAUGGGUUUUAUUUAUUGUAUUGUGUUAUUGAACUUAUUUUAGAUGUUAUGUAUUUUAUUUUAACUGGUUGUUAAAAA